CCUACCCGGAAACAGCACGCAGCGCGGAAGUACACAGGGGAUUUCCUCGACAGUGUGGGCACCUGUCUGAACUCUUCUAGACGUUUUCAUUUGAUUUACCUUAUCAAUCUCGAUUCAGACUUUUCAGCUUGGUGGUGUUGAAGAUGUUGGCCUACCUGAGCGUUUGUGGCUGACUUUAAACCGGCCUGUGUUUCCUUGGCGGAAGACCGACAGACAGUGAAUCUGUGCUAGCGCAGAGUCAAAACACUGUUAACGGCGUAAAGAAGGAUCAUGGUCCAGCCGCAGCCGUCCGGUGGCUGCACUCUGCAGUGGGAGCUGAACGGCGAGGAGACCGCAGGUUCGGGAGGUCAAGGCUCACUCAUGGCCAGUUCACAGGGCUCAUUGAGGGUCCCUGCUGAUUUAGCUGGAAAUGAAAUCGUUCAGAAACUCAUAACGGACAAUCAUCAGCUACGUGAGGCUCUGAAACGAAGCAAUGAUGCCCUCAAAGAGAGAUGCGAAGAGAUGGAGGGCUGGCAGAGGAGGUCAAGAGAAGAGCGAGAGUUCCUGAGCUGUAGAUUUCGUGAGGCCAGAGAGUUAGUGCAGCGGCUGGCGCAGGAAAAUCAGAGCCUUUUAGGACAACUAAAUCUGAGUGUCAGUCAAACAGGGAGUCUGGGCAUCUCCAAAGAAACUGGAAGUCAAGACCAAGAGCUGAAGUGCACCAAUGCAGAGAAGAAUGUCCUCAUAGACUCACCAGAAGUAUUAAAUGAAGCUGCACUGACAGACCGCGCUGAAGGAGACACUGACAGACACACAAUGCCUCAAAGUUUGCCUGCCGAGGGCUCUAAUGAUUUCCUGAAACUGCUGAAAAGCCAUAAAGAGAAGCUGGAGGAAGGCAUGCGGUCUUUGAGGAGGAAGAAUGAGGAGCUGGAGAAGGAGAAAGCAAUGAACGAGAAGGAGAGAGAGAAUCUCCUCACUGCACUGGAGCAGUUGCGCUCCAAACUGACUCAGAACGUUGGGGUUACUGAAGAGUCAGUCCAGCAGACGUGCGCUGUCACUGUUCCUGCAGAGAGCUCUCACUUGGCUAACAUAACUGAGCAGCUUCAGGCCACACAAGGCAGGUACAGGGAGCUGCAGGAGAAGCUGGACUGUCUUCAGAAAAACUCUUUUCAGAGAGACAGAACUGAGGCUCUGCUCAAACAGAAGGAGAAAGAGUUUGUUCAGGUACAAAAGGACAGUGAAGCGCUGAGAUUGCAAGUAACGUCGCUUCUCGGAGAGCUGAACGAACGACAAAACUGGCUGGAGAAGAGCGAAGCAGAGAAACAAACCUUAGAAGACAAGCUGGUCACGAAGAGUGAGCGUCUGCAGACUGUAGAGAGAGAGAUGGAGCAGCAGAAGAAGCAGCACAGCGUGACUGUAGACAAUCUUUUACUGAAGACACAGAAUCUGGAGGCCGCACUGAAGAACGAGAGGCUCGUCAUAGUGGAGGAGAGGAGGAAGCUGGCCCAGCUCCAGCAUGCAUACACGUGUCUGUUUCAGGAUUAUGACAACAAACUUAAAAGUGAAAAACAAGCCAAUCACAGGGGAGGAGAGGCAGAUACUCUUGCUAACAGGUUAGGGGAGGCUGAAAAAGCUCUGGCCCUCAAACAGGAGCACAUCGAUAAACUCAAGGAGGAAAUGGAGCAGCUGAGAGCUAAAUUAGAGACCAUACCAGUGCUGAACCAUCAGGCAGAGAUCUAUAAGAUGGACUUCUUGGCCGAGAGGGAAGCCAGAGAGAAACUCAAUCAAAAGAAGGAAGAGUUGCAGGAGGAUCUGAAUAAGGCAAUGGUUGAGAUUGAAAGAUUCAAGCAAGAAAGAACCUCACGAGCUCGCAUUGAAGAGAUGCAGCAGAGACACUUGGAGGACUAUAGGCCUCGACCUCACCCACCACCUCCAGCUGCACCUUUCCCAGGGCCAGCGAUGUUCAAUCCAGCCCAGCCUCCAUCUGCACGCAGAAGAGACGAAGAUCAAGAAGAGCUGCCAGAUUACAGAUGCCCCAAAUGCAUGUACAAAGCACCAGAUAUGGAUACGCUGCAGAUUCACGUCAUGGACUGCAUCCAGUGAGAGAACAGCAGACAAUCAGAUUGUUUAUUCUCCACACCUCGGCGAACUCUAACAAGAGAUAAUCAACAACAUCUAUCUGACGACUUUGAACAGUGAAUCAUGCUACAGAUGGACUUAAAGUAGACCUAAAGCAGAUGUUUUUAUCAUGUGGCCAUAGAGCCGCCACCAUGUUCCUGUACACUUAGUGUGUUUAUCUCUUUUAAAAACAAAAAAGCUCAUCUGUACUGCCUUUCUGUGACAGCAUAGUGUAAUGUACUGCACGUGUGAAUGUUUGUCUGCUUUUCGUCUGCACACAUCUGACAGUGACAAUGUUUCCUUUACACCAGUGGUAUUUGUUUCUCUGGAUGUGCGCACUCUUGAUUAUUACUGAUCAAGAGCGCCUGUAUUAUUAUUAUUAAUAUUAUUAUUGUGUGUUAUCAGCCGAAGUGAAUAUGAGAGAAAAAUCAACUUUGUACAGACUAUUGUUGUGGAGAGAUUCAAUAAAAGUAUGAAUAUAAUAGGGAUCUACUAAUUAGCUUAUUUUAAAUAAAAAUACAUGUAAGAGACACUCAAA